AAAUAAAUUAAUCGCAUACGCCGUGUGCUCGUGAGCAGUUCCGUGGAAAUCACCCAUCUCUAGUUUCAACAGCGCAGUGCAACAAAUAAUAAAUAAAUAAAUACCAUAGCACAAAGCAUUAAACGAAUAAAUUGCACCCCGCAGCGUCAGGGACUGAAAUCUCGAGUUAUCAUCGCCGUUGGCUGCUUGGCUGCUCGGCUGCCAGUGCGUCCGCCGUAUCAGUCGCUGGCUGAAGCGCUGGAAGCACGGAAGCCACACAAAUAGAAACGCAUUAAGAGCGCCGUAGACCUCCGUCCGCUGCUGCGGACGCUGGCGACCGAGCGGGGCCACAACUACGGACUGAGAUGUCCUAUUUCAUGCACGCGGCCAGCAGCGACCUGGUCAACCUCAAUGUGGGUGGUCAGCGCUUCUCCACGUCGCGGCAAACGCUUACGUGGAUACCGGACACCUUCUUCACCGCCCUGCUCAGCGGUCGCAUCUCGAGCCUGAGGGACGAGCACAACGCCAUCUUUAUAGACCGCGAUCCGACCCUCUUCUCCAUAAUCCUCAACUACCUAAGGACCAAGGAUAUCGACAUUAAGAACUGUGAAAUCCGGGCCCUACGCCACGAGGCCGAGUACUAUGGUAUCACGCCGUUGACCAAGCGCCUGGCACUCUGCGAGGACCUCAAUCACUCGUCCUGCGGUGAUGUCCUCUUCUACGGCUUUCUGGCGGCCCCGUCGAUGCCCUCAAACGAGGCUGUACCCGCUGCGGCCGCCGACGAGCCGCUGGCCUCCACAUCGGCCAGUGCAGUGGGCGGCCGCCCUGGGUCCAUGGUGCGGGUUCCGGAGCCUUCUUCGCGCUCCUCGCACUCGCGGAACUCAUCGUGGGAUCUGCGCCUGGGUCGCACAGGCAGCAGCGGCAAUGGCUCCAACCCGCCAGCCCCCAUGCUGCACUCGCGGAAUCCUUCCAUGGAUUUCAUGCGUCACUCUCGCAACUCCUCGGCAGAUCUUAACAAAGCCUUCAGGAACGAGGUGGGCAUGGUAUUCAGUCCCACACAGAGCUCGCAUUGGGUGGAUCCCAUGCGGGUGCAGAUUAUCAAGGCCCAUCAGAACUGGAUAGCUGUGGCCUAUGCCCACUUCGUGACCUGCUACCGCGUGAAGGACUCCAACGGGUGGCAGCAAGUAUUCACAUCGCCGCACAUCGAUGCCACCAUUGAGAGGAUUGCCAUCAACUCGAAGGUUAACACAUCCACGGCGGAACCGGUGCCCAGCAAGAUGGUGGCCAUCUCAUACGGCAGUCAGAUCAGGCUGUGGAGCAUCCAGGACGGCGGUCAAAAGACCGACAUCGGCACAUUCAACCUUAACGUGCGGGUGGAGUAUCUGUUCUUUAUCGGCAGCCAGUUGGUGGCCCUGUCUUCGUCCGGCAAGAUCGGAGUGUGGCAUGCAAUGACCCAGCACUGGCAGAUACAGGAUCUGGUGCCGGUGCUCUCUUUCGACUCGGCGGGCUCCUUCCUGCUGCUGGGCUGCAACAACGGAUCCAUCUACUACAUAGACAUGCAGAAGUUUCCGCUGCGGAUGAAGGACAACGAUUUGCUGGUCACCGAGCUCUACAAGGACAUUACCCUGGACCCCAUCACGGCUAUUUCUGUGUACCUCACCCCCAAGACUUCCAGCAUCAGUGGCAAUUGGAUCGAGAUUGCCUACGGCACAAAGUCCGGCGCAGUGCGCAUUAUUGUUCAGCAUCCAGAGACGGCUGGCCAUGGGCCUCAUCUAUUCGAGACCUUCUUCGUCCACCAGAGCCCCGUGACCAAAGUAAUGCUGUCGGAGAAGUACCUUGUGUCUGUGUGCAACGAAUAUCACCAUGUCCGCACCUGGAGCCUGACCCGUUUCCGUGGAAUGCUAUCCACCCAGCCAGGUUCCACACCGGAGGCCUCGUUUAAGAUCGUUUCGCUGGAGGCCACCGACACCAGCUAUAGCUAUGCGGCUGGCAAUGAUUUCGGACCCUACGGCGACUACGACGACAUGAUAUUCGUGCAAAAGGUGGUACCCGAGACGGAUCAGCUAUACGUGCGACUGGCGUCCAACGGGGAUCGGGUGUGCGUUAUCCGGUCCGUAGAUAGCUCCACCAUCUCAGCUUUCUGUGUGCACGAGUGCGAAGUAUCGUCACGCAUGGGAUCCCGGUUCAUACUCACUGGUCACUGCAACGGCGCCAUCCAGAUGUGGGAUCUGACCACAGCUUUAGCGCUGCUCUCCAAGGACGAGCCGCAGCAGAAAACUAAUGGCGGACCCGACACCAAUGAGCUUCUCCGCCUACUUGACCAGUGUGAAAUCAGCAAUUCAUCAUGCUCAACACCGUGUAUGUCACCGUGUCUAUCAGUUAUGGGCAACGGCUCUGGAAUGGCCUCCUCCAUAGCUCGGAUGAAGGCCAGCAAUAUAGCGUUGCUCAACCGGGAGCAACCGGUCAUCGCCGCCCAGAUAGCUCCGGCUGCUGUCCAAAUGCAGCUCCCGCCGGCGCCAGCGCAGCAGCAGCCGCUGCAGAUGGCAGCUCCGAUGCCACCGGCUGGAAUCCCAAUAGCUGAUGACAACAAUGAAUGAGACGUGGAAGCGGCUGCUUGGUCAGCGCUUGUCGGGCGCGUUUCAUCGUUCACAUUUCACAGGUGUAGCCUGAUCUUCGACUACCAGUUUAUAUUCCUGCAGUUCGUGGUGUGCGCCCUCCUCUACGUGUGGGUAUCGCGCCUCACCCGCGGACUGCCAGCAGGCCAGCAGGCAUUUACCCAAUCCAAAUAAUCUCCCAAUUAUGUGCUCGAUGUGGUUGCAAGUGCAAUGUAUGUAUCCAUGUAUGUAUAUCAUCCCCUCUUUGUGUUGUUGUGGAACGAAAGAACCAUUGGAUCCUACAGUUGGUCAUUUCUAAAGCAAACUCCCUUUGUUCUAUGUAGUUAAAGUUAUGGAAAAUUAGUUAAAACAAUAAUGUAUGUAAACCA